AUGCCCCUGCAAUCCGAUCUCCAACUCAAUCAUGACAAAUUCAACCCCGAGAACAUCUCGCCUCAAACGAGGGAAUUCAAUGAUAAUCUCAUCCGAGUCAUGAACAGUGGGCCGAAAUGGUAUGAGGUAGGUUCGUGAUAACACAGAUCUAUCUAUACAUCCCAGUCCCCAAAACAAACAAACAAACCUCUCUUCCCCCGUCAAUCACUUCUUCCCCUUCAAAUUUUAUAUAUAUAGAAAUCUUGCCCCCCGGGGCCGUUGCUUUUUCUUCUUCUUCUUCCCUCCCUCCCCCUUUUAACAGCCAGCCAGCCAGCCAAACCCCUCCACUGAUAUCAUGCUAGGUCGGGCCCGAGAAGUAUCGUCAAAUGCGCUGGAACGGGGAGACGCCGCUUCCCCAACCGACGGUCCUGGAAAGCGGCACGAAUGCGAGUCUGCCCUCGCGGGAGACGGGGAGGGAAAUCUCCAUCCGGGUGUUUGAACCUGAAAAUGAUGAUCAAGGGAAAGGAAGAAAGGCAAAAGGGGUGUUUUACCACAUCCACGGUGGGGGGUGGGUUCUGCAGAGUGAGCAUUAUCAGGUACGUAUGUGUGUGUGUUUGUUGAUGGAUUACGAAAGUCAUAAGGCCUGCCUGCCUGCCUGCCUGUCUGUCUUCUUGCUAUUUUCUUGUCGAGAUUUUUGGACUGAAUUGUUUUGGUCAGGAUCUGAUGCUGAAAUACUACGCCGACCACGCGAAUCUGACCGUCGUUUCGGUGGGUUACAGACUCGCGCCGGAACACCCCUAUCCCGCCGGGAAUGAGGAUUGUUUCGAUGUGGCGGAGUAUCUCGUGGAACAUGCGGAGAGAGAGUAUGGAGGGCCGCUGUGAGUCCCUCUCCCUCCCCCUUUCCUUUUUCCCUUUCCCCCUCUUCUCAAAAUCCGCGCAUGACUGACGACGGCGAUGUUGGCAAAGGUUGUUCAUAGGCGGCGAUUCCGCGGGCGCUCACCUCUCCGUCGUCACGACCUACCACCUCCUGCAAGCCCGCCCUGAUUUCGCCUUCAAAGGCCUCGUGCUCAAUUUCGGAGCAUAUGAUAUCAGUGGUUUCCUACCGCAGGCACACCAUUUCGAUCUGCCGCUUGUUUUGACCUUGGAUAUCAUGCAACGGUUCAUAUGUCCCUCGCUAUCUCCUCGAAGUGGAAUAUUCAGAAGGUGCUGACGAGUGUUGGUAGAUACAUCGACGCCUAUUUACCCGGGAAAUCGCCAGCGGAGAGGAGGGAUCCGAUGAUCUCGCCGCUGUAUAUGGAUCUGAGCAAGUUGAAGGUACGUUUCCAUGAUUUCUGGGAAUCGAAUUGUUCUGCAUACCUAUGCUCCUAUGCUGACGAGCCCUGAUAAGCUGCCUCCUGCUCUGUUCAGUUGCGGCACUCUCGAUCCGCUUCUCGAUGAUAGUGUGAUGAUGUCGGCAAAGUGGUCGAUGAGUGGCGCCGAGAGUAUACUAAAGGUGUAUGCGGGUGGCCCUCAUGGAUUCACAUUCUUCGUGAGUCCGUGUCGUAUCUCCGCUUGGAUGCUUCCAACUGAUGAGCGCCGCAGCCAAUUGGUGGAACCGAGACAACGGAGCAGAAUCUCAAGGAUAUCGCGACGUUCAUGAAUGAGCGAAGCUGA